CGGGUGAGGAUGGACGAGGACGUGCUGACAACCGUUAAGAUCCUCAUCAUCGGCGAGAGUGGGGUGGGCAAGUCCAGCCUGCUCUUGAGGUUCACAGAUGAUACUUUUAAUCCUGAACUUGCAGCAACAAUAGGUGUUGACUUUAAAGUGAAAACAAUUUCAGUGGAUGGAAAUAAGGCUAAACUUGCAAUAUGGGAUACUGCUGGUCAAGAGCGGUUCAGAACAUUAACUCCCAGCUAUUAUAGAGGUGCACAGGGUGUUAUAUUAGUUUAUGGUGUCACAAGAAGAGACCCCUUUCUUAAACUGGAUAACUGGUUAAAUGAAUUGGAAACAUAUUGCAGAAGAAAUGACAUAGUAAACACGCUAGUUGGAAAUAAAAUCGAUAAGGAAAAUCAUGAAAGGCAAGUGCAAAAACCUGUGAUGGUGUCCAGUGUGCCUUUGAGGAACUUGUUGAAAAGAUCAUUCAGACCCCUGGACUGUGGGAUGAGAACCAGAAUAAAGGAAUAA